GAGUCCGCUGGGGCAGCGCUCAGCGCUCAGUCGCCGCCCAACCUCCGAGGCGUCAACACCACACAGCGGCAGCAGCAGCGGCGCCGCCGGAGCAACAUACCAGAUUCAGCAGAAAGGGGCAGCAUGCUUCAUCUGGCGACCCUCCUGGUCGCUGCGACCGCUCUGUCGCUGACGACGCAGCCGACGACGGCACUCGGCAACGAGACGGCGUCCUUGUCUGCAGCGGCGGGGAGAGGUGCUGUCGAGGAGGCAUGCCCGUCAUUGCGGUCCAAGCGGUUCAUCUCUGACGGGCUGUGUUCAUCGCCGUAUCCUGUACAUGAAGUGGUGUGUGCAGACCGUGCACCCUCCCACGGCCGCCGCCGCAAACAGCAGCAACAGCAGUCGCAGGCAGUCCCGGCCCAAAGAGAGAGGCAGCAAUGUGUCGAAGGUGCGACCCGCAGGAGACGCGUCGAGCUGCUCUGCCAGGACGGCUCGCGUCGCUUCUACCACGUGCGCCUCGUCAAGAGCUGCCGGCCACGCAGCCAGCGCCGCCACCGGCGACCGCCCGAAGCUGCCGGCCUAUAGCACGAGAUGGCCACCGUGCCUUCACGAGAUGGCCACACACCAUGAAAUGCAGACUUCUGCUCUGUGGGGUGGAGAGUUUCGCCCACUGAGACAAUAACUCAUAGUAACAGCCACUUCAGAACAAUAGCCCAACAAUACUGACACCAUGCCGGCACUGGUGCGCUGUGCAGUUCUGCAAGGUGAACCUCGCGAGCCCGAGACAUGCGGCAGAUGUACUGUUCCCCAAAUGACAGAGCUCCUAGGUGUUUCAUUCUGUUCGUUACAUUACUUUGGGACAAUGACAUAUUGUCUAGUAGAUUAAAUGAUUCAUGUUAUUUUUUGUAUAUAUCUUUACAACACAAACACAUGAGCAUUUCACUAUGCUACUGGUCAUCUUAAGACUAAAGGCAGUGACUGGCUGACACUGUGAAAGUUGAACAUAAAAAAAUUCAGAAAACUGUAUAUUACUGCCACUUUUUUCCUGUCAUGAAAUAAUGAAAUUAAUGAAAUGUUACAAUGUGCAGUAGUUUCCAAGUACCUGGGUUUGCAACUGCGUUAACAGCUGUGUGGUCAGGAUCUGAAGUGGGAUGGAGAUACAGGUGUUGCAACUCGUGUUCAUUUCACAGUGAUUUAUAAGAUAAUUCUGACAGUUUAUGACAAAUAGCUCUUGGUGCACUUGCUAUUCUACUUUGUAUGACGAGAUUAGCACACUUACAUUUUGCAACAUGGUCUGCAAAGCAUGGAGGCUGCUAGUGAUACUGAAGCUGUGUGACUGAGAACAAUAGUCGUCUAAAGGGCUGUGGCAACACAGAGAUGUAUACAAAAUUCACAGCAUCCACCCUAUCAAAAUCCCAGUAUGCUGCAAAAGGCAGCACAACAUACAUUACCAUUAGCCCCACAGCACGUUCGCACAAAUUGUGUCACUGAAAACUGUCACUGCUGAUUAUCAUUCUCUCUCUAUCUUGCAAUCUUCUGUACCAGAAUUUCAUUGCUAUUAUUACAAUUAUAUUGAGACUAUGGCUAAUGAUUGCAAAAUACUGCAUGAAAGGAUUGGUAAUAUUCUCUCUACAGUUUCACUGCCUGGCAACAUUCAACAUUGUAUUUAGAAGCAAAAGCGGGCUACAGACCACCACUGGCACCUCUUGGUUCUUUUCAAUUCUUCUGCCAUACUGGUACAGUGGCAUAAUUUAUUCUGUAUCCCCUAUUAAGAUGUGACUAUAUUACAAACAAUGUGAAAAAGAAAGAAAAAAGAAAAGAUGAUCUGCAACUAAUUCAAUAAGUUGAAACAGGCUUGAUGCUCAUCGAUCUCCUAGGCAGCCAACAAUACACGUCACAAAUCCACAAUAAACUGAGCAUGUGAGUUAGGAAUUUUCUUUAUUUACUCUAUAGAAAUGAUACAAUAUCAAAAUAAACUCACUUGCUGUUCUUUACAGCUCAUACAAUUAGCUCCUGAGACUUUCCCCAGUAAUUAUUCCUCAGAUGCACUGUAAAAAUGGUUUUGUUAAAGCAACAGCUCAACAAUAGUAGAUCAAACUGAAUAUUUCUGUAAGGUGCACCUCCCAGUAUGAAGCACAGAAAAUGUUCCAGCUACCAGUUCUCAGCAUUCCUUGGGUCUUUUUGCCACUAAAUAACAUGUAGUUCAAAUGACUGAAAUGCAUGACCAGAGCCUCCAAGUUAAUGUUUACAUCACAGCCAGUAAUGUCGAACUAUUAGAGCUAAUGCAUGCAACAGGAGGUGGUCUCAAAUAACAAGAAUGAACUAGUACAUAGUGAUGUGUAUUCCAUUGUGUUAACAAUACAUUAUUCUUUUCACCAUUUUACACAUUUGUAUGCCACAUACACAAAGAAUAAUCUUACCAGAUCCUUCAUCCUGUUCAGUCCCCUUUUCCAGCCAGUGAAGCUCAGGACCAAUAUGGCACUUUGCCUAUUUCACAGAAAACCGAUAACACCCAUAUAUAUAUACUAUUAUUAUGAUGGUAUCAACACUCUCAAAGGGAUUUUAAAGCUACCAGCAGCUCCGUUCCAGCAGAGCGAUCCAUGUACCCUCUUUGACUGCAUCUAGUGUUCAUUGCACAGUCAUAUACAUCAUCAUUUUUCAAAGCGUUUGUGCAUUGUGUAUCUGUGGCAGAACAUGGGCACCAGCCUGAUUUUUACCUAGACGGAUUUGGAAAAUCACCUAAAAAUCACAUCCAGGCUGACAGUGUUAUUAAUUCAUGAGGUGGAUUUGAUCAGAGGCCAACACACCAACCAGUGUCAAAGAAGUGGGUUCUUGAAGCACUUCGCUAUUGUGGUGAGUAAUAAUAGUACCAGAUAUGGGCACCUAUUCUUUUUUUAUGUCAUCAGUCUACUGACUGGUUGGAUUUGGCCUAGGCCAAUCUCUUCUUCUUAUUUGUUAGAUACAUUCCAUUGACUACCCCUAUGGCCAAAUGGUUAGCGCUGCCCAUAUGGCCAAAUGGUUAGCGUCACCACUCUGUGUUGAAACAACCAAAUUCAACUUCUGGUUCUUCCUCAGAUUUUUUCUAAGGUAACGAGAUGUGGUCCAGUCAGCCCUUCUGCUUAAAUAAAUAACCAGCAGUAUCGUCAGAAUCCAGUCAGAUACCAUAAUACACUGUGGGUGGCCGCCUCAUAUCAGUUAUUAACAUAGCCUAGUGACCCACUGUGUGUGGGUAGUUGUCAGACAACAGCAGUUUUAGCAAACAGCAGAUUACAAUACAUGUUAAGUAAAUAUGCUAGCUAAAUACACAUCACGGACAUAGUAUUAUUCCACAUGUGUGGCCUGCAGACAACACUGGCACACUGCAACUGAUCUCCUUAGUCACAGGUUUCAGCUCCUCAAGACUGUUCAGCUUAGCAGCCCAUAACUGCCGUGCAUGCGGGUGACCUCACACAAACACACCUCACAUCGACUUAUGGCCAAACUUCUGCCAGUAGCCGACGUGCAUUGUCAACACUUGUGGCUCAGCUUACAGUCCUCUCUCAGCUCUCUGUGCCAGAAGGUAAACACUUCCUCCACCAGAGUGUCUCAGCACAUUGCCGGUGGCAAACUGCAGGAAAUAUUGCUGACCUAGGACACUUAGGCAAAAUAGUGCCACACUUGGCAUGAAGUAUGUAACAUGUUCUACAAAAUUACAGGGAAAGAACAGUUAAGUUUUUAAAACCCAUAAAUCCAUGUUUACAUGUGGUACUGGCAUGGUUGUAAAUACAAUGUAGUAUGUCGUUUACCAGGGACUGCCUAGGAGCCAGGAAAGGUUAAGAAAAUGAUGGGGGUUGAUGGAUAGCUGCAUGAACUGACCACAAACCUCACAACCUAAACGAUAGAGGCUUUAUAACUUGUCAUAAAUUAUAAUUGAUAAUGUUGUGUUUACAUUAAGAGUAACAUAAGAGGUAAAAAAUGUAAUAAUCAUUAUCAUUUGUAAAUGUAAAUGCUUUUGUUCUAUUUUAUGUUAAGAGACUGCAGACAUCAGUUCUUUGUGCUUUAAAUGUAAUAUUGUUUCAUUCAAGUUGUAAGAAAACUGCUAAAAUGCAUAUUUGACUGCUAUUUUUUUUUUAGGUUUAUCUAAAAAAUCAAAUUAACAUAUUUUAUGUAAUAAAAGAUGGGUCAACAGUUUAAGUUAUUGGAAUAUGAUGGCUUGUUUCUUAAUUAUUUAUUUUUUUAGCUUAAUAUUAUGUCUAACUUCUUAGAUUAGCAGUGAUUAUACCAUCAACACACUUUAAUAAUAAUUUAUUAAUUUUCAUGGCAAAACCUUACAGUAAUUGCAUUACGAGAUCCUUCUUGUCAUCUUUCAUAUUCAGCUCCUGGUGAUUCCAAAUGGAUAUGAUGACAAACUGAUCAUAUGAAACAGGAAUUAAAACUUUAUCUAAGUGUUUACAGAAAUCUACUCCAGAACUGUGAAGUAAUUCAUUUUGCACAAUUUUUAGUGAGGAGGUUUGCUUUAGUAUAAAACAUACUAUUUUAUGUAAGUUCCACAACUUUAUAAGAAAUAAAAACUAACUCUUCUUACUCAA